AUGCGCGCCGCGGCUGUGGAAGAAUUACAGUUGGCGGUGCAACUUGCGGCAGCAAACAACUACGUUCUCAUAGCUUCAUUCGCUGUCUACCUGUUCGAUCAUAGCAUUGUGCUUGGUCAAGAGAUAGAGUACCUAUGGCGCUGCCGUUUCUCCGUGGUCGCUGCACUUGCCGUGACGUUACAUGGAGCAACCAUUGCAAACUUCGGUCUGCUAUGCUUCGAAGAUCUGGUUGAUAUGGAUUGCCAUAGGUACCCUACUAUCACAGCCUUCAUCACCAAUAUUGCUUCUCAAAUUACCUUAGCUGUCUAUGAUUCAAUAAUUGCUGUCAUAACUGCCCUGCGAGUAUACGCUAUCAAUGGCCAAGAUUGGCGAUUACCUUUUAUCGUCCUGGUAUUGUCGCUUGUACGGACCGCCUUUGACAUAUUCGGCACUGCCACGAAGAGGACUGUUCCUCUACCUUCGCCUCUUGGCUGUGCCGUCGAGAGCACAUCUCCUAUCAACGUCCCGUACGUCCUCCCUAUGACAGUCACCACAAAGGAUCUAUCGCUGAAUAAUGUCAGAUCAUCGGUAAUAUCUAGCUCGGUCGCAGAUGCGCUCGGUCUCUUUUCCACUUGGCGCCGCACCUACCACACGAUACGGGUCGCCCGCCGAGAGAAUCAACAACCCACCUUGAGUUUUCUUCUGUGGCGUGAUGGAAGCGUAUACUUCGGGUCGCUACUCAUCAUCUCCGUUCUCGACAUGGUCAUUUAUGCAUCAGUGACGUUCCAGGGUUUCCAGUACCUUAGACUUGCAUUCUCGACAAUCAUUCUCACGCGCUUCUUCCUCAACCUUCGCGAAGCAAGCCAAGCAGCGAACGAUGGCACCAGUGGCACCGCUUUGAGUAGCGUCGUGCUGACAACGUUGGGAAUCCCUUACUUUUCGCGAGGUGUCGAUGCACUCAGGGGGUCCCUGACCUUCAUCGGCGACGAUGACAAGUUGGAGCAUGACUCGAAUGGAGAUAGCUUCUACGACGAAGUCGCCGACGGCGAAGGUCUCGACGAAGGGGAAGAGGACACAAGACAACUGGAUGCGAUCGAGCUGGAAGACGUGCAGACCGUCUGCAGUGCAUCCCUCAAGACGUGCCGUAGGAUGGGCCUGCAAGUGGUCCGCAAAAUUUUGCAUUAG